AUGGUAAUUAAAUCAGCAAUACUAAAGAGCUACAUUGUCUUUUUAGUUAUCUAAUUGAGUGUUGAAGCAUAAAAUUAAUGCGCUGAAGGAUGCUAAACUUGCCUUAAUAGUAAUAACUAAAAUACUUGCACUAAAUGCUUAGAAGGUUUCGAGUUGGAUUUAAAAAAUAAUCUUUGCAUCUAUACUAAAUGUACAACCUAUGCUAAAGCUAAUUAAAAUGUUCCAUCCAAAAAAAAACUUAGUAAUAUUUGA